ACCGGAAUUCAUGAAGGUGCAAGUCUACACGCCGACGGUGCCAGGGUCAAUUUACCAAGCGAGGAUGUGAAAAUUUUCACUCGACUAUAUAAGAGCACUCAGAGUCAGACCUAGGUUCCUUCCUUCCCCCCUAGUUUUGUUUCUGCUGGUCAGAACAACUUGUAAAUCACCCCUUCGAGUUUUCAUUUUGCUACAUGCUCCAAAUGCAUCUUGCUCUCCAAUUCGUUCUUCUUAUUGCACCUCUCUGGUUCAAAACUGUGACACAGGCAGUGCCGCCGCCUCUUUCACCCGAACAGUUUAGAAGAAACCUGCUGAAGGAUCGCGAUCGUCCUUGGAUUGAAGACUUCUAUGGAAGCGACAAAUAUCUGAGUGAUGAAGACAAAAAUGCUUUCAAACAGCAUCUGGUCGGCGUCAAACUUGGACAGAAGUUGUCAUCACCCGGGGCAGUCACAGGGAGUUUCAAUGAGGGAAUGUACAUGCUGGGGGCUGAUUACAAUGCCAAGGACAAGAAAUACGAGGCCUCGGAAGUUGUAGUGAAAAUUCUAUAUGGACCUGUUGACGGAAAGAUUUUGGGUGAGGUCAAGGCGCUCAAAGACGUUGGGUACUUCAUCUCCUCUGGAUUACUCCCACCAUACGGGAAACCUGCUAUCCUUAUGAAGAAGAUCGAUGGGGCACAGAUCAAGAGUACCGGGGUGUGGAAAAAAGCCAAUCAGUCCAGACGGGAAGAAUUGUUGAACCAAAUGAAGCUCUUGGUCAAAAAUGAGAUUGUCACCUGGGCCGACGAAAAAAGGUUGCUUCAUGUGGACUUCACUUCCUACAAUAUACAUGUCACCUUCGACAAAGACGACUCCGUCAAGACAUGUAGGGUUCUUGAUUUUGGUUUUCCUGGAAUCUUCAGAGUGGGAACAUCUGCAACCAAGUCAGAUAUUGAGGAAUGGUUCGAACUGCAGUGGAGUAAUCGCAAACAGUGGUAGUUUUUUUAAAUUCGCGCCCUCCAUUAUGAUAUGUU